AUGGAAGGCAAGUACUGCCGGGCAGUAUCCGGCUUCGAUGCCAGACUCCAGCAGCGACUAUGGGAUGUGCUGCACAGUAUGGAGUACCCUAUCCCAGAGGAUAGAGAGACAGAGUGGAGGGUGGCACUUCGAACAGAUCUCUGGAAGGAGGACAUCAACGAAAUUCGACCCUUCCGGAGUGAGAAAAACCUGACCACCGACCAGCGACAAGCGGAACAGCUAGAGCUGUGGAUGCCAUUCCUAGGAGACCAGACCUCAGAGGAAUGGGUAAGAGAACUGGAGAGGCUUGUCAUGACAAAAGUAUGGUUGGAUGAAUCAUACUAGGCCCUGCAGUGGCAUACAUUCAUUAUCCACGCGGGGCGGGUCAAUCUCCAAUGCAUUUAGGGAGAGGACUACGACGGCCCUGGUCUUUUGUGGGAGGUUUUUGAAGAUGGUAUGGCGUUAGGAGACCCAGACAGUUUCCGCUUCUGGUGCAUACGAGAUGAGUGGGAAGACAUCUUGGAUCUCAUGGAGAUAGCGGAAAUGCAACCGGAUCUGACUUUUCUGGCCACCCGUGACUGA